AUGUGGAUUAUCUCCUUUUGGGUCUUCCCCCUCAUCUCGGCCUGCAUGUGGCUUGCCAUGCUCAUCGCCAUGCUGUGCGUUUGGGCCAGAGAAGGGAAACCAGUCUAUCCCAGCAUGAGUGACGGCCAGACCAUUGCGUAUAUCUCAGACGUGGGCGCAUACGGGCUCAAGCCGCUCUUCAUCACGGGAAGUGUAAUUACCGUCGUGUUUCUUGAUUUGGCAUUCUUGUCGGAGCGAUGGCUGCGCCAUGCCGGCCAAUUAGUUCCGAACAAGGGCCUUUGGGACAAACUAUGUGCCAUCGGCUCGAUCUUCUUCGCCAUUGCCGGUGCAGCGGGUCUGAUUCUGUUGUCCAUCUUUGAUACGUAUCACCACCCACGCAUGCACGACGGGUUCCUGGUCAUGUUCAUUGGCGGAUAUAUCAUCAGCGCAGUCCUCAUCUGUGCCGAAUACUUCCGGCUAGGCAUCUCCUACCGUCGCCAACACCGCGUCCUCCUAGCCAGCUUUGUCAUCAAAGUGACCUUCGCAAUCAUCGAAGUCGGCCUAGCAAUCGGCUUCGGCAUCUGCACGAAGAGCAGUGACAGUUCGAAGAAGAACGUCGGCGCUAUCCUCGAGUGGGUCAUUGCUUUCGUGUUCACCGGGUACGUCCUCUCGUUCGUGGUGGAUCUGUUGCCAGCCGUUCGGACGCGCAGACACGUACCCCAGGGUGAGAAGCAUGCUAGUAUGAUGAGUAGCCCGCAUGGUAGCGGCGAGCUACCGUCCGGUGCAUCGAUCGAGGAACCAUUGACGACGGAUUCGACGGGGCCGAACUAUUACCGCGGUCAGCGCGUUUGA